AUGGCCCGGCCGGCGCGCGGCCUCCAGGAUCCGCAGCUGGUCGCUCGCUUCCAGCGCUGCUGCGGCCUCUUCCCCGGGCCCUGUGCGCAAGGGGACCAUUCACAUGAGUAUAUUGUAACAAAUUACUUCUACUACUACCUGUUCUGGAUUUCAUCUGCGGUGGGCCAAGAAGUUUUCUACAUUACAUUCCUCCCAUUCAGUUACUGGAACAUUCACCCGUAUGUUGCUAGAAGGCUCAUAAUUAUGUGGUGUGUGGUUAUGUACAUCGGCCAAGUCUCAAAGGACCUACUGAAGUGGUCUCGUCCUUGUUCACCACCUGUUGUGAAGCUUGAAAAAAGAACAACUGCAGAAUACGGAAUGCCAUCCACACAUGCAAUGGCGGCAACAGCCAUCUCAUUUACUUUUGUUGCUGUGACUGUGGACCAAUAUAAGUACCCCUUUGAGCUAGGACUGAUGGGAGCCUUCUUAUUUUCAACACUGGUAGGCCUCAGCAGAAUUUACAAUGGAAUGCACACAGUGCUGGACGUGAUUGUCGGCAGCCUGAUCUCAGGGCUACUGGUUGCGGUCACAUAUCCGACCUGGGAUUUCCUUGACGGCCUGAUGCUCGCCAGCCCUUGGUGCCCCGUAUUCUACAUUGCCGUGCCCCUCCUCUUGUGCUACAACUACCCCAGACUUGAUCAUUACAGUCCUACGAGAGCAGACACCACCACAAUUCUGGGCGCUGGAGCAGGGAGCAUGAUAGGGGAUUGGAUGAGUAAUCACUACGUAGCAAAAUAUUCAGCAGAAGUUGUUAGUCCUUUAGUCACUGCUGAAACGGUCUUGAUGGCGCUUUUAAGGUUUUUGGUGGGCGUUUGUUUCCUAGUGGUCACCCGGCAGAUGGUUAAAAGCAUGGCACUUAGAGCACUGUGUUCAUGGUACAAGGUUUCUGUUGAUGAUCCUGUAGCCAAACAGCAAACAGAAAUUGAAGUGCCCUAUAAGUUUAUAACCUACUCUUGCAUUGGUCUUAGUGCUACAGUACUUGUCCCAUUACUGCAUGAGGUCUUAGGUUUAAGCUAA